CGCCCCACGCUGCCCGCCCAAAGGGGGCGAUGGAGGCGCGCUUCACGCGCGGGAAGUCGGCGCUGCUGGAACGCGCCCUGGCGCGGCCACGCACCGAGGUGAGCCUGAGCGCCUUCGCGCUGCUCUUCUCGGAGUUGGUGCAGCACUGCCAGAGCCGCGUGUUCUCCGUGGCCGAGCUGCAGGCGCGUCUGGCCGCCCUGGGCCGCCACGUGGGCGCGCGCGUGCUGGACGCGCUGGUGGCGCGCGAGAAGGGCGCGCGGCGCGAGACCAAGGUGCUGGGCGCCCUGCUGUUCGUCAAGGGCGCCGUGUGGAAGGCGCUGUUCGGCAAGGAGGCCGACAAGCUGGAGCAGGCCAACGACGACGCGCGCACCUUCUACAUCAUCGAACGCGAGCCCCUGAUCAACACUUACAUCUCCGUGCCCAAGGAGAACAGCACGCUCAACUGUGCCAGCUUCACGGCGGGCAUCGUGGAGGCCGUACUCACGCAUAGUGGCUUCCCCGCCAAGGUCACGGCGCACUGGCACAAGGGCACCACACUCAUGAUCAAAUUUGAGGAGGCCGUGAUCGCCCGGGACCGGGCCCUGGAAGGCCGCUGAUAAAGGAUUGUACAUCACCCUCA